AUGUCUUCGCAAAAAGACGACCCUGCCUCGAGGCUGAAGGCGCUCGAGCGCAUGGGAGUCGUCAAGGACUACAGCAGGGUGUACCGUUCCACUGUGCUGGUCGUCGGAGUCGGCGGAGUAGGCGCCGUUGUUGCUGAAAUGCUGACGCGGUGCGGAGUUGGCAAGCUAAUCCUGUUCGACUACGACGACGUGGAGCUGGCAAACAUGAAUAGGCUCUUCUACACCCCCAACCAGGUUGGAAUGUCCAAAGUUGAGGCUGCAAAGCAGACACUGAACGCCAUCAACCCGCAAGUGCAAGUUGACGCCGUCCAUGCAAACAUCUGCAAGGACUAUGCAGCCUUCUAUGAGCGGAUAUGCCACGGUGCUCUAGGCGGUGGACAGGUCGACCUCGUGCUGUCAUGUGUCGACAAUUACGCUGCGAGGGUCACGAUCAACAAGGCAUGCUGCCAGGCUAACCAGAUUUGGAUGAAUUCGGGUGUGGCCGAAAAUGCAACAAGCGGGCAAAUACAGACGUGCAUACCUGGAAUGACCGGAUGCUUCCUGUGCGCACCGCCGUACAUUGUGGCUGUCAAGGGUGACGAAAGCACCAUCAAGAGGCCAGAUGUGUGCACGGCCAGCCUGCCCACAACCAUGGGAGUGGUAGCCGGGCUGCUGGCGCACAACGCGCUCAAACACAUUCUCCAGUUCGGGAACGUCACGAAAUUGCUCACGUACAACUCCUUGCAGGACUACUUCCCAUCGUACUCAAUCGGUUGCAACCCUGAAUGCAACGAGAACUACUGUCUGCAGAGGCAAGAGGAGAAACGAGCAGAACGCGAAAAGGCUCUGGAGGAGGAAAGAGCAGCGGCGGAAGCAACGUCUAGCGCAUAUGAACCGGUGGAACAUGAGAGCAACGAGUACGAAAUCACGGUAGUCUCGGAGGACGAGCUGGAUGAUGAGAAGGCAACUGAAACGGCUGUCGCAGCAGCCAAACCAAGUCAGGCGCCCGCAGAAAAGCUGUCGCUCAAGGAACUCAGAGAGCGUCUUCGAAACGUAUCUACAAGCGGCUAA